AACCCUUUAAUCCAAAGCCAUGAACACCAAAAGAUUAUUAUUUUGGUCGUCAGCAACUGCCAUGGCUAUCCUUUUCAUCAAACUCGCCUUCUACACCAAAUCAACCAAUAUUAUCUUUUCAACGGGAAGUGAAGUCUUUUCUAUUUUCAAAAGAGUUUAUGAGCAAACUGGAAUUCCUGAGAUCUUUUAUUUCGUAAGCCAGAUUCUUGGCCCAACAAUGAGUGAUAAGGCCACUUGUGAUGAAAAUAAAUGGAAGUCUCCACUCAUAUCGAAGUACAAGGUCGAGCUAGUUCUGACCGUUGAUCAUUUGGGUUGUGGGAAAUUCAAAAGUUUACAAAAGGCAGUGGACGCUGUUCCAGAAGAAAGCCAGAAAACAUCAUUAAUCAUUCUUGAUUCAGGCACAUACAAGGAGAAAGUGUUGGUGAGCAAGAAGAAGACUAAUUUGAUAAUUCAAGGCCAGGGUCGUCUCAAGACAAUGAUCGUGUGGAAUGACACUGCUGCUUCAAGCAACGGCACUAUCUACAGCUACACAGUUUGCAUUUAUGGUAAAAAUUUCAUUGCUUACGACAUCGGCUUCAAGAACACAGCUCCUCGUCCACAGCCAGGUGUAAUCGGAGCACAAGCUUUGGCACUGAGAAUUGCAGGUGACCAAGCGGCUUUCUAUAACUGCGGGUUUCAUGGAUUUCAAGACACUCUUAAUGAUGCUGAAGGAAGACAUUAUUUCAAACAAUGUUAUAUCGAAGGAACAGUUGACUUUAUCUUUGGGAAUGCUAGAUCAGUUUAUGAGAAUUGUACAAUUAUCUCGUUAGUCACUAGUAAGAUUGUUGGAGCUAUAGCAGCACAAAAGAGGGAGUCGACUAAAGAGAAAACCGGGUUUUCGUUUGUGAAUUGUAAGAUAGAAGGAAAAGGUAAGGUGUGGCUUGGUAGAGCUUGGGGUUUAUAUUCAACUAUCGUCUUCUCAAAAACUUUCAUGUCUGAAGUUGUUUCUCCUGAUGGAUGGAAUGACUGGAAAGACUCCAAAAGAGAUCAGACAGUUUUCUUUGGGGAGUAUGGGUGCUCGGGUCCAGGAGCAUCAAGCCAUUCUAGGGUUAAAUACGCAAAGCAACUGACCCUAGCAGAUGCAUCUCCUUUCAUGAAUAUCUCCUACGUUGAUGGAAAUGAAUGGAUUAAACUGGUGAAUAGAAGAGAAGUACACAAUCGCGACAUUCAUCACGCCCUUCGUGCUGAUUUGGUGGAGCACAUUUAUAGGGCUCAUAUUCAGCCCUCGUUAGAGUUUCCUCACGAUGAUUUGUUUGAUAAAUCAGACGAGGAUUCUGAUAUGUUCGUCGAGAGUGAAGAUUCAGACGAUGAGAGUGACGCUGGGGAAAAUGAGGAAGACGAUCAAGGCGAUGACGAAGAUGAUGAUUCCGAGUGA